AGAUCGAGGACCACUGGCACCCCGACCGCUACGGCGAAGCGGCGGCGACCUACGACACCCUGGACACCCAGCAUCCCGGGGUCGCCGAGCAUCUUCUGGUCACCGACCGGCUCGCCGUCGGCGGACCGCUGGAGCGCAUCAGCGAGCCCGAGCACCGCCAAUUCCGCGAAUUCAGGCUGACUCCGCGCCAGCUACGACGGCGUCUGGCCGAAGAGUCUGGGCCGUUGAUCGGUUACGGUGUCUCGCGCCCCUUGCAUCGCCGUCACGCGGCCCAGUUGAGGCUGAUCGCCGAACAGCUGGAAGGCCGGAUCCUGCUCCAGGCCAGCCCGCUCGGCGAACCGACCCUCGCCGAUCCAACCCUGGUACCUUGCCUACGCGCUUUCAUGCGGCGCAUCGAUCUUGCCGCCCUGCUGGUGCUGACUCCGCUGGUCGACCGGCCGGCCGGUCCGCGACAAGCAUUGCUCGAGGCGAUCGUGCGCCAGAACUACGGCUGCAAGUAUGUGCUGAUCGAGGACCACCACGCCGAUCCGGGCCCGUGGCUCGGCGAGGCGCCUUUCUAUGCCGCCACUGCCGCCCGGCAGUUGAUCGACAGCUUCAAAGAGGAACUGUCGAUCCAGACUCUCGAGCUGCCGGUGUUGGAGUUCUACCCCAGCGCCACCAAGCUACUGCCGCCGUCGGCCGCGCCCACCGCCGAGGAGCCGCUCACUUUCUCCGAAGCACAGCUGCGCCGGCGCCUGGCAGCGGGCCGUCAGCCGCCGGCAUGGUUCACCUUCACCGAAGUUGCCCGCGAGCUGGAAUACCAUCAUCCGCCCCGCCACCGGCAGGGCUUCACAGUGUUCUUUACCGGCCUGUCGGCGGCCGGCAAAUCGACCAUCGCCAAUGCUCUGCGGCCGAUCCUGACCGAGCAAGACCGGCGCCGGGUGAGCCUCCUCGACGGCCGUUCAGUGCGCGACCUACUGGCCGCCGGCCUGGGCUUCUCGCGCGCCGACCACGAGCGUAAUUUGCGCCGGCUGGCCUUUGUGGCAGCGGAGAUUACCCGCCAUGCGGGCAUCGCGAUCUGCGCACCGGUAGCUCCCUGGGACAGCUUGCGCAAGGAGAUCCGGGCGCGGAUCGAAGACUGCGGCGGCUUCGUCUUAGUACACGUCGACGCCCACACCGGGCUGUGCGAGGAACGCGAUCCGAAGGGGUUCUGA